GGGCCUAGGCAGAGCCAGCAGAGAGGCGAGGGCUGCUUGCUAAAUGGGAACUCCAAGCUAAGGCCUCUUCCUCCCUGGGGCGAGUGCAGGGGUCCCGAGAGGCUAGACAAGGAAGGAAGGAAGGAAGAAAAGGCUGCUUGCUCAGUUUCCAUCUCCCACCUACAGCCCCGGGUUCGUUCCCUUGCGGAAAAGACGCUGGAUUCGGGGGUCGAGCCGAGGCCGCCCCUGCAGGUCCGCAGGUGGGUAGCCCGGGCGAGGGAGGAAGGGGACGUUACCUUUCCCUCGGAAGAGGGCGCUGGCUCCCCCAGCCGGCCUUUAUAACCAGGCCGCGGGAGGCGAGGAGGCAGCCGGCUGCCGUCUGCGAUUGGCAGAAGCAUGCAGUUAGGAGAGCAGCUCCUGGUGAGCUCCGUGAACCUGCCGGGCGCGCACUUCUACUCGCUGGAGAGUGCUCGCGGAGGAGGAGGAGGCGGAGGAGGGGGAGGUGGCGGGAGCGUCAGCCUCCUCCCCGGCGCUGCCCCCUCGCCCCAGAGGCUGGACUUAGACAAAGCGCCCAAGAAGUUUCCGGGCAGUCUCCCGUGCCAGGCGGGGAGCGCGGACCCGGCAGGUGCCGGCGCGGGCGCCCCCGCGGCCAUGCUCAGCGACGCGGACGCCGGCGACACCUACAGCAGCGCCUCGGCCGUGGCCAAGCCCGGGCCCCCGGACGGCCGCAAGGGCUCGCCGUGCGCCGAGGACGAGCUGCCCCCCGCCGCCCCCGCCGCGGCCGCCGCGCGCUACUCCAUGGACAGCCUGAGCUCCGAGCGCUAUUACCUGCCGUCGCCGGGCCCGCAGGGCGCCGAGCUCGCCGCGCCCUGCUCGCUCUUCCAGUACCCGGCGGCGGCCGGAGCGGCCCACGGAUCCGUGUACCCCGCGUCCAACGGCGCGCGCUACCCCUACGGCUCCAUGCUGCCCCCCGGUGGAUUCCCCGCCACCGUGUGCCCGCCCGCGAGGGCGCAGUUCGGCCCUGCCGCGGGCUCGGGCAGCGGCGCCGGGGGCGGCGGCGGCGGCGGCGGGGCCGGAGGCCCGGGCUCCUACCCCUACGGCCAGGGCUCCCCGCUCUACGGGCCGUACGCCGGGACCGCGGCGGCUGGCUCCUGCGGAGGACUCGGGGGCCUGGCAGUGCCGGGCUCCGGCUUCCGCGCCCACGUCUACCUGUGCAACCGGCCCCUGUGGCUUAAAUUCCACCGGCACCAAACCGAGAUGAUCAUCACCAAACAGGGCAGGCGCAUGUUUCCUUUCUUGAGCUUCAACAUAAACGGACUCAAUCCCACGGCCCACUACAACGUGUUCGUGGAGGUGGUUCUGGCCGACCCUAACCACUGGCGCUUCCAGGGGGGCAAGUGGGUGACCUGCGGCAAAGCGGACAAUAAUAUGCAGGGCAACAAAAUGUAUGUCCACCCAGAAUCUCCUAACACUGGCUCCCACUGGAUGAGGCAGGAGAUUUCCUUCGGGAAGUUAAAGCUCACCAAUAACAAAGGCGCAAACAACAACAACACACAGAUGAUAGUGCUGCAAUCUUUGCACAAAUACCAGCCCCGGCUGCACAUCGUGGGAGUGACGGAGGAUGGCGUGGAGGACUUGAACGAGCCUUCCAAGACCCAGACCUUCACCUUCUCGGAGACACAGUUCAUUGCAGUGACUGCCUACCAAAACACCGAUAUCACUCAGCUGAAGAUCGACCACAACCCCUUUGCCAAAGGCUUCCGGGACAACUAUGACUCCAUGUACACCGCUUCAGAAAAUGACAGGUUAACUCCAUCUCCCACGGAUUCUCCUAGAUCCCAUCAAAUUGUCCCUGGAGGUCGGUACGGCGUUCAAAACUUCUUCCCGGAGCCCUUUGUCAACACCUUACCUCAAGCCCGAUAUUAUAAUGGUGAGAGAACCGUGCCACAGACCAACGGCCUCCUUUCACCCCAACAGAGCGAAGAGGUGACCAACCCUCCCCAGCGGUGGCUUGUCACACCCGUCCAGCAACCUGUGACCAACAAGCUGGAUAUCGGUUCCUAUGAGUCUGAGUACUCCUCCAGUACCUUGCUCCCAUAUGGGAUUAAGUCCUUGCCCCUCCAGACAUCCCAUGCCCUGGGCUAUUACCCUGAUCCAACCUUCCCUGCAAUGGCAGGGUGGGGAGGCCGAGGCGCCUAUCAGAGGAAGAUGGCAGCUGGACUGCCAUGGCCAUCCAGAAUGAGUCCCCCCGUGUUCCCCGAAGAUCAGCUUGCCAAGGAAAAAGUGAAAGAAGAAAUCAGCUCCUCCUGGAUAGAGACCCCUCCCUCCAUCAAGUCUUUAGACUCCAGUGAUUCCGGAGUGUACAACAGUGCUUGCAAGAGAAAGCGCCUGUCUCCUAGCACCUCCAGCAAUGGGAAUUCGCCCCCCAUAAAGUGUGAGGACAUUAACGCCGAGGAGUACAGUAAAGACACCUCAAAAGGCAUGGGGGCAUAUUAUGCUUUUUACACAACUCCCUAAGGAGUUAUUUUAACCUCUAACUUUUUCCAGAUGGGCCUGGUGGUGUUUUGUUGUUUUCUUUGCCUAGGUUACCAAAAAGACUUUUGCCUUCCACCUUUGGUGUACCGUGUUUUGUGCAAUUCUCUGAGAGAAGGUGCCAAAGCUUUGCACUGAAGCAGGUAACGCACUGAAGCAGACCUAGCGAACGGAGGACCCGGGAGUGUUUAAGGUUCCAAGGUUGUUCAAGGUGCUGGAUUUAUUCAUGGGAAACAAGAAACAUUCAGAAAAAGCAGGGCAUGAAGAUCGAAUGGCCGGUGCUAUCAACUGAGAAAGAAAGAAAGAAAGAAAAAAAAAAGACAAAAACCUUUGGCUCUCAUUUCUGCUUGUAACUCUUUAGGCAGACAGCAGCCUAAGGUUAAGGUACUUUUGCUUCAGGAAGA